CAAGCCCUGUUAUGUAGAGCUCCGAGCACUUGCGCCUUGACCUACCUACAGACUGAAGGUAGAGGUAAGGGUGGGAUUCAUAUGCUACAAAAAAUCCGAACUUUGUUGACAUGGCAAAUAAGCUCUUGAACUUGAACUUGAAGGGUGGGAUUCUCUGAUCUUAAGACCACAUCCCUUAACCAUUAGGCCAUGGCAGUUUGUCCUGUAGCUUAACACCGUCCGGUGGGAGAAGGGAGGUUUUGUGCAGUGUAUGGUCUUCUGUCCCGUGAUACAGUAAACAGCAAGUAAGGACAGACCAGAGUACAGAUGAGAAACAUUUUGUAUUUAUAUGUGGCAAGACCUUUGGGGAUCAUCACCUUCCUGGGGAAAAUGAACUCCCUUCAUCGCCGAGGGUCACUGAGUUAUACCGGUAAUAGCUCCAUGGCUAAGGAAGUGCGUACGGCUUCCACGGCGCAACACAAUGCACACACUGCACUCAUUUGGCGCUUAAUGAGGUUAAACCAGGCCUGUCAGUGCUGUUUGCCCUCUCCCAAGAGACACGGACUCGCACGUGCUGUUCCCUGUGUCUCCAUUCCGGUGUGUUUGUUCAUUUCCCUCCAUCCUUCCCACUCACCUGACGAUGAACUCGUACCCUGAAGGCGGAAAAUUACUGGACAAUAUCUCCAGACAAUGGUCAGCAUGGCAUGAUGGCAGUCAUUGAGGCUGACAUUUUACUGCUACACAAAGCAGGAGGACAGUUAAUUGGACUGAUACACAGAGGUGGGGAAUAUCAAAGGUAGCAAUGGCACACUGUUGAUGUUGUCUUAGUGAAAUAUCACCUCCUCCACCAAGACUCUGUCCUACCUUCCAUCACUACAUACUAUGUCUGUGUGCCCCGGAUACAAUGCCAGUGCCUUUGUGCUGCUUCAGCCAAAGCACUUAUUCACAACACAAGUAUACAUCAGUGACUCACUCUCUCACAUAAACACACUCUCAGUGCUCCUCAAGCACCGACUGCCUGGAGGGUGUCUGGAAACACCACCUACUGUCAUUUUUUUAUAUCCUGUACUGUUUCUUUGGCACUGUUUAAUCUUGGUGUUAUUUACCAUGCAUUGCUCUUGAGUCUUUAUACACAGUCCAAAAUCAUUUGGAUGAUAUUAGGGACUGAGAUUUUUAGACAUUUUAAUUAAAUGAUUGUCAUACAGUACAAGUGUCUCUACUCUGUCAGUAAAUAUGUCCUAAAGAUUGGGUAUAAAUGGUGUAGUCUCAUACAAAACAAACAAUUCUGAUCUAUUUGGGUCUAGUCUUGUAUAUUACUAUAAAUAUUUUGUCCAUGGUUUUCAUAAAGGCUGUGAUUUAUUGUUAAUAUUUUUUUAUUAUUUGGUUUUCUAAUAUUUUUUCAAGUAACUAAAAUAACAGAUUAAUAUAUUCCCAAUAUUUUGUUUAGAACCUAUUUUGUCUUCUGAGAAAUAUACUGGUACUAUUUUUUUUUUUUAAAUAAUAUUGAUUCAUUUAAUUUUAUUUGGCUUUUUAAAGUUGUCAUUCAUUCAUUUUGCUGUAGUUAUGGCUUCCAUUUUUUGUAUUUGUAUACAAAUGACCUUCAGCACCAUGGUGAUGACAUCACAACCAUUAGAAUAACAAUAAACGCGCUGCAUUUCAAUUCCCUGUUAUGUGUAUCUGCUGAAAUUGUUAUUCCUUUUGGUCUCAAGCUGAAAGAGAGAGAGAAAUGUGAGCGUAUGAUUGAUUGAACGUAUGCUGCGUUGAAGCAACAAGUGUGGCUUGUGAUUCGUAGACUCCAUCAUGCCCUCUAGUGCCAUUCCAGAGGAUUGCAAGCCCUGCAGUGAGGAUGGUCAGAGGAAGGAACAGAAACCAGUGGGUGCUCACACACUGGUGUCAAGGGAAAGGCCAGUGUUGCAGGCUGUUCAGCGAGUGAUUUUGAGAGGACUGCGAGUUGUUUUUCAGGCCCUCAGUGGACCAGCUGAACUGACAGGUGAAGGAGCUGUUAAGUCCUCCAGACCAGGAAGCCCGGACGACACUGGAGUCGACAGGAUGUUUUACUCCUGCCAUGAGGUCACUAUGAAUGUGGAGGAGGACUUGAGCUGGGCAGAAGAGAGGCAGCCAUCAGGCACUGAUUUGACAGCCUCCACUCCAAAGAGGCAUGUCUACUUUCCUGAGAGUGAACUUGAUGUCCUAAUUGAUGUCAAACUGCAAGCUGUGCGCCAGGCUUUCCAGAUCAUCAUACAAGAGGCAGAAUCCAUGCACUUCCUGAAGGAGGCAGCACUGAGUGUACUGACUGGACUGCUGCAGUUGGCUGGCAAAAAGACAGAGGGCUUCACCCAUGUGUGGAAUAAGCUGAUGGUGUUUGCAGAGAGCCCGUCCAACGGGGCCUGCAUCGCCAAGGAGUGUCAGGAAGCUGGGAUGCAGACGGCGUGCUUUUACGACCUGUUUUACGAGGCCAUUGUGCUCCGACUCCUGGAAUGCGGAGAGCAGGCCCCUCUGGUGCUCAGGACCACGCUGCGCACACCCUGGAUCUCAGGGAGCACCAAGAAAACCGCAGUGAUGUUCCAUGCCUGGGCCCAAAUCAGGAGAGAAAGGGAGCUGUUGAUGAGGCCACAGGGCCUGUUCUAUCACCUAUGUGAGGUACGAGACUAUGUGGAUGGGGAGAUCAUGUGGGCCGCCUUUGGACCGCAGAGUGAUGCCAAGGAUUUCUACUUCCUGCUCAGGGGAGAGCUGUUGUCCUUCGUCCAGUACAUCUUUAGUCUGGACAGCCAAUGCUACUCCUCCUCCUCCAUGUUGGCUGUGCUCAUCUUCUCCGCAUUGAGGGGGUCUGUGUGCCGCCUGCAGGAGGACCUGAUGAAGCGGCAGCGUGCAACGGGCAUACAACAGGCCUCCCAAAACCACACAUGAGGAGUUCAGAUGCAAAAACACUAUACACUACCAUAAAACAGUAUGUUCUCAA